CUCUUUAUGUAUUUAACACAUAGAUACGUAGUCAUUUUACAAAGACAAUAAUUUGUCUAAAACAUCGUGAUUUUCUCUGUUUGAUUCGGAAGAGAAAAUCUUUUGUGUAUUUAUUUACCUUUUUCAACAGUCGUGUUGUCUCUGCUGAUUACGGUAAUCUGUGUGCCAACAGUUGCACUCGGCGUGUUUGUGUGUCGUUUCAAAGCGGUAAACUGCUGUAUGAGAGGACAUUUUAUUUUUAAACUAUUUUAACAGCUAUUAUUCUGAAUAUGCAAAAACAUUUUCUUUUCUUCUUGAUUUGAUGGAAUAUUAAAAAUAUAUACGACAUCAGUUGUUCCUGACAGGAGAUAAUGUCAGUGGACUAUCGCGAAACAGCGCGUCAUUUCAACGCUCUUCUUCUGAGGUUCUUUUACCGAGGCGCGACGACUGUUUUACCGUGUUCUUGUGGCAUAUAAUGACCAUGUCAGUCCCGGAGAGAAACUCUGGAUCCGAGGAGAAAGAAGAGGAGAGCGAGGAUGAGAGUGAAAUCGUGGAGGAGAGUCCCUGCGGCCGCUGGCAGAAGAGAAAAGAGCAGGUCAGUCAGGGGAAUGUGCCCGGAGUGGAGAGCGCGUCUCUGGCCAUGGACACUGAAGAGGGUGUUGAGGUGGUCUGGAACGAGGUUUUCUUCCAGGACAAGAAGGUCUUUAAGACAGUGGAGGACAAAAUGAAGGAGAUGUUUGAGAACCUGACACAGGUGGAUCAUCCCAACAUUGUCAAAUUCCACAAAUACUGGCUGGACAUUAGAGACAACCAUGCUAGGGUUGUGUUCAUCACAGAGUACAUGUCGUCUGGCAGCUUGAAGCAGUUCCUUAAAAAGACCAAGAAAAACCACAAGACCAUGAAUGUCAAGGCCUGGAAACGCUGGUGUACACAGAUUCUCUCCGCCCUCAGUUACCUGCACUCCUGUGACCCUCCCAUAAUUCACGGCAACCUCACAUGUGACACCAUCUUCAUUCAGCACAACGGCCUUAUUAAAAUCGGAUCAGUUUGGCAUCGACUCUUUGUGAAUGGUAAGAGCCAUUUCAGCAUCUCACACAUAUUUCCAGAAGGGGGCGUCCAAGGUAAACUAAACCAACACAGAGACGACAAGAGGAACCUGCAUUUCUUCUGUCCGGAGUACGGCUCUUGUGAAGAUGACUACGCCAUUGACAUCUUUUCCUUUGGGAUUUGUGCUUUGGAGAUGGCUGUGUUGGAAAUCCAGGCUAAUGGGGAUUCCGCCGUGUCCAAGGAAGCCAUAGCCAAUGCAGGCCAAUCAUUAGAAGACCCACUUAUGAGGGAGUUCACCCAGAUGUGUGUGCGCCACAAUCCUUGCCUCCGGCCAACGGCACACGACCUGCUGUUUCACCGCGUGCUGUUUGAAGUUCAUUCACUGAAGCUGCUCGCUGCUCACUGCCUCAUCAAUAACCAGUACAUGCUACCUGAAAACUGCGUGGAGGAGAAAACCAAAUCCUUCGACCCAAAUGGAGUCAUGGCAGAGAUUAUUUACGGAGAUCGUUCUCGCGUUCAGCUCAAGUAUUCUCAUGUUUCUCCUCUAGAACUGGACAAGUUUCUGGAGGAUGUGAAGAAUGGCAUUUACCCUCUGAUGAACUUUGCGUCCGCUCGACCCCAUCCUGUACCUCGCGCUCUCUCAAUGUCCCAAGAGCAGGUGGAGGCGGUGAAAACACCCACGCCGGAACCACAAGAGGCUGAAACCAGGAAGGUUGUACAGAUGCACUGUAACCUGGAGUCAAAUGAAGAGACGACUAAAACACAUCUCACUCUUUUCUUGAAGCUGGAUGACAAACUCCAUCGGCAGCUCAGUUGUGAUAUUAUGCCAAGUGACAGCUCUAGAGAUUUGGUCAAUGAGCUCAUCCAUCAUUCCUUCAUCAGUGAGGAGGAUGGUGACAAGAUAGUGACGUUCCUGGAGGACGCUUUGAACCGACACCGUGGGUCAACCAGUGCCAUUACAACAAUAUGAAUGUCAGUGGCCUGUUGCUAUUAUGAUGGACAUACCAGUGGAGCCUGAAAGGGAGGGCAGUGGACACAAUGAUCCGUUUGUCAGUUAGUGUGGAUAGUUUGAAAUUGAGACGAAAUCAAGAUGGCACAACAUGGCAUGCUGGUUCCUCUGACGUGAUUGACCAGCUUAGAGGGCACCGAUAAUGCCUCCCUGAGUCUUCGUCCAGCACUUCCAGGUAUCACUUUAGAGACUGUCCUUCCCAGAACUCCAUGGGGGACUCAAGGGCAAGGCGGUCUCUCUUGAUAUGGGUUGUAAUGUAGGAGGUGUCUGCUGUGAAGAGCUAAAUAUGUGAUAAAUAAAAAAGUCAGGAAAGUUAUUUGACCUGAAGAUUAUUUUGCCAUUCAAUAGUUGCUAGGCCUGAAACAUUCUUUACGCAAGUAUGCAGAUGACUGCUAACUUUGUAGAAACCAAAAAAAAAACGUAUAACGAUCUGGGCUGGUCAGUAUAGCAAGUAUAUUACACAUGAAGGUAUACAUUUUGCUUUAUUUUUUAUUCUGUUAUUGAUGUGUUGGAGAAACAUAUGAAUGUGUAAAUAAAAAAAGUGUAAAAUGCUUAUUAUUAAAUAGAGUUAAUAAGCACAAUCA